UUCAGUUCUACAAUUUCUGAAAUUUCUAUUUGUAGAAUGAAAACAAUUAAUUUUUAAUAAAUUGACCCAAAAACUAUUGAUUCUAGUUCUAAAGAAAACUUAGUUUAAGGUUUAGCAAAAAUAAGUGUAUUGAACUAAUCGUUAGAACGUGAAACAUACCUAUAAUUUAGCUCUAAUUUUAAGUUACUUUAAGUAUGUGGAUUGCUUAAUCUGAAACCAUCUAGUGAAGAUACAGUAAUCAUGGAGGUAUCCCACUCGCUGACGCUGAACGAGUCAGCGCUGCAGCAGCUGCCGGAGGACAAGAAACCUCACUUCAUAUUUGAGUGGCUCCGGUUUCUCGACAAAGUGCUUGUCGCUGCUCACAAGUCGGAUUUGAAAAACUGUCAGCAGAAGCUAGUAGCCCAGCUCGUGAGUCUUCUCCGUGAGAACCUCGGGCCACCUGCUCGGAGGCUGCUCGCGAGAUGCCUGGCCACCCUCUUCUCAGUUGGAGAUACUUUCCUCCUCUUCGACACUGUCAACAAGUGCAAUGAUAUCAUCAAACUGAAAGAUGACUCUCCUUCCUAUUUGCCGACAAGACUUGCUGCCAUCUGCUGUCUGGGCAGCAUGUACGAGAAGCUGGGCCGGAUGAUGGGCAGAUCAUACGAGGAGACGGUCACCACACUGGUGCGAUCCAUGAAGAGUGCGGAAUCCCAGACGCGGCUGGAGAUCAUGAAUACGUUGGGGAAGAUAUGUAUCGGCAUGGGCACUGCGGCUGGUACGUCUUUGCGAGAAGUGUCCCGGGCUGCCAAGACGUCUUUACUCAACGAGCGCACCAGCUCUGUGCGGGCAGCGGCUGCCAACGUGUUGAGACACAUGCUGCCGCUGCUGAAGCUGACUCCUGCUGACGUGGACGCUAUAGCGGCAGCGUGCUUGCGGGCUGCCCACCCCAGUGACUACAACUUGAGGUGUGCAGUAGCAGAGUUAUUAGGUGCACUGAUGGCGGCCACUCAAGCGGAGGAAACCAAUAAUAUCAACAGCAAGAGCAAAGUCGGAUUUCAAGCAGUUCAACAAAACAAGAAGGAAACGACCAAGAACAUAAUAUCGCUGGAGGAGGCUCUCAACAUACUGAUGGGGGCGUUUCUUAGGGGCGGUACUUCGUUUCUUAAGGGCGAAAUUAUAAAGUCGGGCUCCGGAGUCAACAGGGAGGUCCGGGUGUGCGUUACUUAUGCGUACGUGAUAUUCGUUCAGAACAUGGGCGGGGUGUGGUUAGAGCGAAACAUGACAACAUUCCUCACCCACGUGCUGGAUCUAGUGGCCAACCCCAAAGCGGCCAGCUCGCAUGUAGAUGCUGUUUACUCCAGGAAGUGUAUAAACUACAUCCUCCGCAACACUUUAGGCCGGAUGUUGGGUGAGAAGGCGCAGGCGGCGGCUUGCAGGGAGAUCAUACACAUCGUCGCACGACAGAUGAACACUAUUGACUUUAACCCCGAAAACGCCAAGGACUGUAAUCAGGAGACGCUGUUCAGUCAGCACCUGCUAGUGUGCGCACUGACAGAGGCGGGCGAGCUGUGCUUGCAGCUCGGCACCUCCGUUCAGAACCUCGUGUCGGACCAGUCCCUUAACAUGAUCGAUACUAUAUUCAUGGUGCUGGAACAUCCGUGCGCGGCCGCACGUCUCGCCGCAGCGGGUGCGGCGCGGCGGGCGUGCUCCGCGCUGCCCGCACUCACGACGCCGCUGAUAGACCGCGCCGCAGACGCGCUAGAUCGCGCCGCACCCACGCCGCACCGCGUCGCCGGUUACUCGGCUGCUCUCGCGGCCGUACUCGGCGCGGUGCGUCACUCGCCGCUCGGCGUGCCGCACGGGCGCGGCAAGAUCGCGUUCAACGCGGCCGAGCAGCUGCUGCGGUCGGCCGGCCAGAGCAGCCGCCUCACCGCCGCGCGCACCGCCGCCGGCUGGCUCAUCGUCGGCGCUAUAUGCACGCUGGGUGUGCCGGUAGUGCGAGGGCUGCUGCCGCGCAUGCUCCUGCUGUGGCGGAACAGUUUCCCGCGCUCCGCCAAGGAGCUCGAGUCGGAGAAAGCGCGCGGCGACGCUUUCACCUGGCAGGUGACCCUAGAGGGUCGAGCUGGUGCCCUCUCCGCGCUACACAGCCUGCUGGUCCACUGUCCGUCACUAGUCAACGGCGACGACACCGCCAAACGCCUGGCACAACCGAUAGAGGGCGCCAUCGCUGUGUUGACCAAUCUCGGAGGCGUGGUCCGCAACUACGGGGGCUCACUCAAAGCGGGUGCGGCGCUGCUGCGUCUACGUCUGUACCGCGCGUGCGCCGCGCUCGCGGGCGCGGGCGCCGCCCCCCCGCCCGCUGCGCCGCUACUACGGUUACUGGCGGCUGAGCUGGCGGGCGCGGCCGACCAGAGCGGCGCUACUGUCGCUACAGGUCUCCUGCGUACCGCCAUGCAUCCGCGAGACACCAUCUUACUGGGAGAGGAGGGCUGGAUCUACGAUACGGAUCACGCUGAAAUUGAGGAGCAGUUGAUAUCGCCGCUAAGCGCAAGCGGCUCCGCGGCGCUGGAACACGACCCUUGCUGUCUGUACACGAACCUCGCCGGCGCGCAGCCGCUAGGUGUCGCCGUCAUUGACGCCGCCGUCGCCCUCUUCCCGCAGGUGUUCUCGCGCGCCGCCAACAAGCACAGACAACAAAUGUUGGAACACUUCGUGGAAUGCGUGAAGAUGUCGAAGGGGGCGCGGCAGGAGGCGGUACAGAUCAACGUGUACACCGCGCUGCUGCUAGCAUUGAGGACGCUGGCGGAAGUCAAAAGCCCGCUCGGACAGGACGCAGUGAAAAACGCGGCCACGGAGAUUGUCGUGGCGGGCCUCUCAGCGAACAGCGUAAACGUGCGCGCCGCGGCCGCAGCGUGUGCGGGACGUCUAUGCGUGGCGGGCGUGGAUAUAUCGGAGCGUGUACUACAGUUAGCGCGUACGGCGCCCCGCCCUGCACGCGCCGCCGCCGCCGCUGCAGUCGGCGCGGUGCAGCGUGCGCGCGGCACCGCGUCGUCCGCAGCGGCGCUGCCCGUGUUGCGAGCGUUGGCACAGGAUAAUACAGCUAUUGAAGUACAGGUGUGGUCCGUCCACGCCCUCUCAGUGCUCGUGGACGCAUCGGGUCCGAUGUUCCGCAGCCACGUGGAGUCCACACUCAACCUGGCCCUCAAACUGCUGUUCACGUCGCCGCCGUGCCAGGAUGAUCUGCACCGCUGUAUCGGCCGACUGCUAGCAGCGUUGAUUACUGUCGUUGGCCCGGAGUUACAAGCGUGCAGCGGUGGCGCAGUGGGCCGUUUCGUGUGUGCGUGCGCGGCGCUGGCAGAGUGCGGGGGCGGCGCGCGCGCGGAGGCCAUCGGCUGUCUCCAGCAGUUGCAGAUGUUCGCGCCCGCACACCUCAACCUGCACACCCUGGUGCCGCAGUUAUGUCGUGACCUCUCCAGCUCGUCGCUGGCGGUGCGUCGCGCGGCGCUGUGCUGUCUCCGGCAGCUGGUACAGAAGGAGGCGGCCGACGUGUGCGAGUACGCCGCGCUAGCCGCCGACCACGUGCCGCCGAAGCCGUACUGCGGCGUGGGUAUCGGUGACAGCGGUCUAGCGGGCGCGUUAUUCGCGUACCUCGACACGGAGAGAGACGAGACGGCGUUGUCACACGCGCGCGACGCGCUCGCCGGUUGCGUGCUCGCCGCGCCGACAAGACAGCUGCGGCCGUGGCUCGCGCUCGCUAAACGCGUGCUCACUGUGAAACUUGAGGACAACAACAAUCCGGACGUAGAUUACGAAGAAGGUGACGAUGACCAAGCAGAGUUCCACGCGGAGUCGGAGCAGGCGACGCACCCCGCCAUACAGCCGCGGUGGAUGACCAGGGUAUUCGCAAUGGAAUGUAUCCAGAAGAUAAUGAGCGCGUGCGAGGCGACGGGUGACGUCGCUCACUUCGAUCUCAUGAAGGCGAGGGAAAAAUUGCAGACAGAUCAAGAUGGCGACUACCUGUCCCUGCACCUGGCGGAACUGGUGCGCAUGGCGUUCGUGGGCGCGACGGGCGAGUCGGACGCGCUGCGGCUGAGCGGGCUGCGCGCGCUGCAGCGUGUGGUGCGGGCGUUUGCACGCGCGCCCGACCCCGACAUGCACCCGCACCUGUUGCUGGAGCAGUACCAGGCGCAGGUGGGCGCGGCAUUGCGGCCCGCGUUCGCUGCGGAGACGGCGUCGCACGUGACCGCCGCGGCGUGCGACGUGUGCUCCGCGUGGAUCGGCUGCGGCGUCGCCCGGGACAUCAACGACCUACGCAGAGUUCACCAACUGCUUGUGACGAGUUUGGAUAAGUUAAACAAGAAAGGCAACACGACACUAAUCUAUAACGAGAGUAUGGCAACACUGGAGAAGCUGUCUAUUUUGAAAGCUUGGGCAGAGGUAUACAUAAUGGCGAUGGUGAGUAACGACAGUGCACCGGGCAGUUACGUCAAACAACUCGACGCGAAGCCAAUCAACAACCGAGCAGAAAUAGCCAAGUGGAGAAACCGUCUUUCGCAGAGCCGAGACAACGCGAACACGGCUGAUGAUGAUGACGAGUACGGAGAGUUCGAGUCGAAAGGGGAGAGUUUGCUGAAGCUAGUUGAGCCGGAGUUGGAGAGCUUGGGAGAGAAUUGGCUCGCUGCGCUAAGAGAUCAUGCGCUUUUGAGUCUACCACCUGAAUUCAGCUCUCAGCUACCACACGGGGGCGGGGCCUUCUACUGCGCGGAGACCGCCGAUGCGUCGCGGCCGCACUACGCGCGCGCCUGGCCGUCCCUGCUAUACGCCGCUGCGCUCCGCAACGCCGCGCGCGCCGCAGACACCACUAGCGAGGAGAAAACAGACAACGCGGUAGACAAUAGAACGACCAAGACUGAAAACGGCAAUUUCGAAUUUUUCGAACCGGUCGACGAAAGGUUCCAUUUGCUCUUCGGUAUCUGCAUGGAGGCCCUGUGCGCACAGCGCGACAUGACCGUAGAGAACACCAUCACGGUGCUCCUGUCACUCGUCACGCUACUCGACGCGCCCGAGAACAGAGCGAGGCUGUUGAAGGACAAAGCGCUAGCAAUAGAAUUGUGUCAAAUCAUCCACCGCACUGGGCUCACAUUGGACAGCGUGGAGGCGCUGGUUCUAGUGGCGGACGUGGUGGCGCUAGUGCUGCGCGGCGCUCGCGACCAGCUCACCGCCGCCAUGCACGCCAAGAUCAGAGAGCUAGCGCCGGACGAGUCGCCGGAGAACAUCCCGCAGUCCGUGCUCGAGGUGGUCCACACGCUGGGCGAGGGCGGGCCGACGGGGGACCUGCCCCCCGGCAAGUCGCUGGUGUUCGCUUGCCUCGAGGUGUGCGUGUGCCUGCUGGUGCGCCGCCUGCCGCGCCUCAGUCCUAUGAAGCAGGAGGGCACAGUGGGUGUGAUCGGCGUGAAGAAGGGUCUGGGUGUGCACGGAGACACGUUACUGGUCAAAACCCUCGGCUGCAUGGCGGAGCUGACCACGCUCACUAGUCCACAAGGCGCUCUGUCCGUUCUUCCGACUCUGUUAUACCUCGGCACGGAAGUUUUAUCCGGCGGGCCGGUCGCCGCGGAGGGGGGCGUGGCGUUGCUCGAGCGGUGCGGCGGCUGCAGCGCGGCGCGACUGUUGCCGCACACGCGCGCGCAGCACGACCGCCUGUUGCAGGCGACGCUGGCUAAACUUGUGGAGCGCGUCAAGUGCGAGGAGGCGGACCAGCGUCUAGACGGCGUGGUCGGCGCGCGCGCGAUGGCGGCGGUACUGCGUCACGCGCCGCUCACUGCCGCACUGCACUACCCCGCCGUCAACCACCUGAGACAGUGUCUAGACACCGCCGACAACGAGGUGUUCGCGGAAUGCUGCACCGUAGUCGGGGCGCUCUGGUCCGGCGGCGCGGCGUUGUGGGCGCGCGCGCUCGGCGCCCGCGUGCUCGCCCGCGCCGCGUCCGCACGCGCGCCCGCAGAUGCGGCGCACGUGCGUGCAGCGAUCGCGGCUGUCGGCGCACUGGAUAGACUGGUAGACGCUGUGCCGGAUAGUGAACAGGAUACAUAUUACAAAGGUAUCCAACUGCUAUGGAUGUUGGUGCCUAUCGUGAUAGGAUAUCUACGCGAGGGCUCUGCGCCGCCGCACGCGCGCACGCUACACGAUUUUGCGCUCGCGUGGCUCAUGCGCGUCGGACCUAGAUAUCCACAGGAGUUCAAAACGAUGAUGCAGCAGUCAUCCGAGCUACGGACGAAACUAGAGGGCGCUGUGAAGGCGAGCCAAUCAGCGCGCGCGCCCCGCCCGCAGCGCCCCGCCUACACCCGCCCACAACCUUCUAUACAACUCAAAACUGACUUCAGCGACUUUAGAUAAAUGAAAACGCCUAUCUAGCUUUCGGUGACCCGGGCCAGCUAAGAAGUAAUUUUAUGGUUUCCAAGUAUUGUCGCAUGAACACAUUCUCAUACUUCAUAGACUUCAUACACUUCAGCAACCAUAGAAAAACUACAACUCACACCGGUUUCGGUGACGGUGGCCGGAUUCACUGAAAGUAGGUCACUCGGGAGUAAUUUUAUAGUGCCCAAGUGUGUAUGCAAUACACAAGACUCCUUU